AUGAACUGUUAUUGUGUGGAACUCAAGGAAGAGAAGGCAAAGUCUCAUUUCGAGAAGAUGGAUGAGCUUAACUUUGUUAACAACUCGUUGCCGUUUAACAACAUGAUGUCAAUGUACAUGCGGUUAGGUCAACCAGAAAAGGUUCCUCUGCUUGUUGAUGCGAUGAAACAGAGGGGUUUACUUCCUUGUGGGAUCACUUACUCUAUAUGGAUGCAGAGCUGUGGAAGUUUGAAUGAUUUAGAAGGGUUAGAGAAGGUUAUAGAUGAGAUGGGAAAAGACUGUGAAGUUAAAACCACUUGGAAUACAUUCUCUAGCUUGGCUGGGAUCUAUACUAAAGCUGGUCUUUACGAGAAGGCGGAGUCAGCUCUGAGAACCAUGGAGGAGAAGAUGAAUCCUAACAACCGAGACGCACAUCAUUUUCUCAUUAGCUUGUACGCUGGAAUCUCAAAGGCUUCUGAGGUUGAACGAGUUUGA